AUGAGCCAGGGUGGCCAAGAUGCGAAGCUCUUUGCGAGGACGUCCCUCGGAAGCUAUCGUUGCCAUGCCAUGGCCAUGUUCUUUGCAUACACGUUUGACCACACCCGCUCACAUGCGCUUCGCACACAACAGGGCAAGGUCGCCGAGCUCCGUCUCGAGCUGAACAGCGGCGGCAAGAAGGACAAGAACUUCUCCGCGAAGAAGACGGCCCUCAAGAAGAUUGUCGCCAACAUGACCAUGAGCAACAACGACAUGGUCGCGCUCUUCCCAGACAUCGUGGGCUGCAUGCACAUCCAGAGCUUGGAGAUCAAGAAGAUGUGCGAGGCUGACAGCGGCAGGUGCUUCUUGUACUUGGUCAACUAUGCCAGGAUAAAACCCGACAUUGCGCUCAAGGCGCUGCCCAUCAUACAGGAAGACAUGCACGACAACAACCCGCUAGUGCGGGCACUGGCCCUACGCACCAUGUCCUACGUCCACGUCCGCGAGUUCGUCGAAGCGACCGUUCCCCAUCUGAAGAACCUCCUCAAGGACGCGGAUCCAUACGUUCGCAAGACGGCCGCCUUCUGUGUCGCGAAGCUUUACGACCAUGACAGACACCUCGUGGAGAAUUCGGAUUUGAUCGACAAGCUCAACGGCAUGCUGAGAGACGAGAACCCCACAGUCGUAUCCAGCGCUUUGGCAGGACUCAUGGACAUUUGGGAGCGAAGCGAGAACAUCAAGCUCACCAUCGACUAUGCCAGCGCCUCCAAGAUUGUCUCCAUCUUACCGGACUGCUCCGAGUGGGGCCAAACCUACAUCUUGGAAGCGAUGAUGAACUACGUCCCACAAGACACCGCAGAAGCCGCUCUUCUUGCUGAGCGCAUAUCACCGCGCCUCUCACAUUCAAACUCCGCCGUCGUGCUUACCUGCAUACGCGUCAUUUUAUAUCUCAUGAACUACAUACCCGACCAGAAAGUAAUAUCCUCCUUGUGUAAUAAGCUCUCCCCACCCCUGGUCACACUUCUCUCCAAGGGUCCGGAAAUCCAGUACCUGGCCCUGCGUAACGCGCUUCUCAUCCUCCAGCGACGGCCAGAUGUCUUGCGAAACGACAUUCGCGUUUUCUUCUGUAAAUACAACGACCCUAUAUACGUAAAGGUCACAAAGCUUGAACUCAUCUUUAUGCUGGCGACGGAGAAGAACAUCAAGGAGGUGUUGACCGAGUUGUCUGAAUACGCCACAGAGAUUGACGUGGACUUUGUGAGAAAGUCGGUCCGCGCCAUCGGCAAGCUCGCCAUCAAGAUCGCGCCAGCAGCACAGCUGUGCAUCAGCACACUUCUUCAAUUAGUCAGCACAAAGGUCUCUUACAUCGUGCAAGAAGCCACUGUUGUCAUUCGCAACAUCUUCCGCAAAUACCCCAACCAAUACGAAUCGAUCAUCUCGACUCUGUGCGAGAAUCUCGAUUCCCUAGACGAGCCUGAGGCCAAAGCAGCCAUGAUCUGGGUCAUCGGUCAAUACGCCGACCGAAUAGAAGAUUCAGAUGUCUUACUUGAAGACUUCCUCGACACCUUUCAAGACGAAACCCACGAGGUACAACUCGCCCUUCUCACCGCGACGGUCAAGCUCUUCAUCCAACGCCCAACACGCGGCUCCUCGCUUGUACCGAGAGUCCUGAAAUGGGCUACAGAAGAAACCGACAACCCAGAUCUCCGCGAUCGUGGCUACAUGUACUGGCGACUCUUGUCUUCUGCUCCCGAGGAGGCCAAGAAAGUUGUCAUGGGCGAGAAGCCCGCCAUCACAGCAGAAGAAUCCGAGAAGCUGGACCCUUCAACGCUGGAAGAGAUGUGUCUCAAUGUUGGAACUCUCGCAACCGUCUACCUCAAGCCUGUCAACCAGGUCUUCCGCAGUGCGCGACCUAGGAAACUACAGGAAUCGCCAGCACUCCAACGCCACGAGCUGCCGACGGUCAAAGCUGCCCAACUAGCUCGUGAGCGCGCGGCUGCGGAUCGGUCGAGACUGGACACCACGAAUGGCAAUGGCAUGGCUACGGCUGUUAGUGACGCGGACAUGUAUUUCGCUAGUGUAGGCAGACAGAGCACGUUUGGCGGAAGUCCCGUGAAUGAGGAUGGAGGGGCGUUUGGAAGCGGGUGGGUUGUUAAUCAGAAUGCGCCGCAACAGAUGGUGUUGAGUCCGGCUGGGACAGAUGGGAAUCAAGAUUUGCUGCUCUAG